AUGGGGGGUUUUGUCUUACGAGGAGCAUUCGAAUUAAGCGGAGAAGCCAAGUAUCACAAUCCAUAUCAUCUCACCUCCGAAGGGAUCCUUACACUCCUAAAUAAAGAGCACAUCGACCAGCUGCCUGAUAUAUCAGAAGCAGAAAUUAAAGAUAAGUCUAAAGGCGAUAUGUUUGUUAAGGCGAUCGCAGUUGGGCAGAUUGUGUGGUCCAUCAUCCAGAUUAUCGGACGGGGCAUCAAAAGGCUCCCUGUUUCGCCGCUCGAGGUCGCCGUCGUGGCCUUUGCUGUCUGCGCAGUCAUCACACACGGCCUUUAUUGGUACAAGCCGCAGCGCGUUGGUACUACCACAACCAUUCAUCUAAAAGAAACCAGUCUGACAGAGGAUGGAGCCAUACCGAAGGCAGUGCUCGAGGCACUCAACGACGCACAGCAGGUUAAACGGCUUUUUGGAAGCAUUUUUUCCGAUGCUCCUCUACCCGGUUCACCCAUCAGCCUCGACACCAACGUCGACGCAGACGGUUCGGAAAUGUUAGCUGCGAUGGGAGGUGCGACAGUGUUUGGUGCUAUACACGUUGUGGCGUGGAACUUUGCUUUCCCAUCAAGGAUUGAGUUGAUCUUUUGGAGAUGCACAAGCAUCUUUACGACUGCAGCCUCCCUUGGCUUUAUACUUUUGGGCGUACCGGACUCGAUUAUGGACACAAUCGACAAAUCUAAGCACCCAUUACGCCAACUCAGGAAGGUUUCACAGUCCCUGCUUCCUCUUGGUAGUGGACUUAUUAUACCGCUAUACAUCGUUGCGAGGCUAUUUAUUAUUGUGGAGAUGUUUCGGACGCUUUGCUUUCUCCCUCCUGGGUCAUAUAUUUCUACUUGGACAUCCAACAUCCCGCAUGUUGGGUAG